GUCUGAUUGGUAUUUUAAUAUUUUCCAAAAGCUAGAAUAUAAAAUGUACUUCUAAAAAGUCUUACUAAAAACAUCAAAGUUUAUAUUUUCAACGGUUUCUUAAUCCCCUUAUAUCACAGUUGCUUUUUCCUAAUCCGUAAUGAAGGAGUACGGAGAGGUGAUAUUUGUGGAUCAGCUGAAACACUGCCGAGUCGUCGCCAGUCAGAUUGAUAAGACUCGCAUUAACUGGGAAAAAAAUAGCGCUUGGUUUGUAGAUGCGCAAAGGGAGAACUACUCUCGAUACGCGUCCAUUUACACCGAGUGCAGGGAAAAAUACGGAGAUAAAAAAUAUGGAUACUACGCCAGGAGAAACCGUCUUCGCGCAGAGUACACUUUCAAGUCCAAGUCGACGGCAGGGCCAGAAAAUCGGUACAUAAAUGAAUCCAUGACCCACUUGAAAGGAUAUAAGUACCCCAAGACGACCAAUGGCGAAUAUGGCAGUGUGCGCCCAUCGGAAUUAUUUUUCUGUUUCUAAAUUCGUUUCGAGUUACAGCUUAUAUGGUUUAUUCAAAAACUUGCGAAACCUUUUUUUGUAAAUAUGUCCGUCUCAAAUAUUGAAAUAAAGUUGUAUAUCUUUAACUACCUUCA